AUGGAUUCAUUACGACAACCCGAAGCGCAAGAAAUCAUAUGUGAAGCGCGGAAAACGAGCCAAAUCAACGCCAAAGCAAGAUAUUCAUUGUGCCAAGAAAAAUCAUCAACACAACUUAUCAAUGAUUCGGUUGAAUUACCUAAACCUGGUGUUUGCGGAUCUUCUCAACCUAGUCAACGUAUUGUUGGUGGCGAAGAGACCGCCAUAAAUGAAUUCCCGUGGAUGGCACAAAUUGAAUACACAAAACUUUAUAUCCUCACAGGCAAAAAAACCUUUUAUAAGUGCAUUGGUAUCAUUAUCAACGAAAAUUACAUUUUAACAGCAUCAUAUUGUUUGAAUAACAAAAUAUUGGACAGAGAUCAAUUGAAACUGACAGGCGUCCGACUUGGUGAAUGGAAUACAACAUCUAACCCAGAUUGCGACGAUGGCCAAUGCGCUGAUCCAGUUCAAGAUAUUCGUGUGGUAGAACGCAUUCCACAUGUAGAUUAUAAUCCAGAUUCGGAAUCUCAAGGAAAUGAUAUUGCUCUGCUACGUUUGGAACGACCGAUCACCUAUACAGAGUGGAUUAAACCCAUCUGCCUGCCAGCAUCGAGUGAGGUUUUAAACCAAAAUUAUGCUAGAUCCAAAUUGAUUCUCUCAGGAUGGGGAAAAACAGAGCGUGUAGGUCACUUUAGUAAUAUCAAGUUGAAGGUUAACUUGGAUAGUGUUCCUAUCGAUCGAUGUAGUAAUAUGUAUAGUGCAUAUAAUGUUACUCUCACAAAUAAACAACUAUGUGCUGGCGGUGAGAAAGGGGAGGAUGCAUGUGAAGGUGAUUCGGGUGGUCCAUUGAUGAAAUUGCAUAAAACUGAUGAAACACACUUCCACUACUAUGUGGUGGGUGUUACUUCAUUUGGUCGUAAUCCAUGUGGUAGAGCUGGAUGGCCUGGAGUAUAUACAAGAGUGGACCGUUACAUUGAUUGGAUAAAAGCUAACAUCAAACCAUAGGAAUAUACUUGAUCUAGAUGAAUUACAACCGAUCUACCUUGGAACCUGCACACCGACCAAAUGCCAAAAUCUAACACAAUAAUUCAAACUGAAACAUUCUUGUUAAGAUUAUGAACAUCCAUUUUCU